UUUUAUGUGUGUGCUUCUCUAGGAAUAUCUGAAUGUUGCAUUUUUGCAGUGAUGUCAUACGACCGUUACAUAGCUAUAUGUAACCCCCUGCAUUAUGCCUCCAUCAUGAACCUACAUUUCUGCAAAGAGUUGAUUGUCUGUUCAUGGGCAAGUGGUUUUAUUAGCAUGCUAAGUACAUUAGCUAUGAUUUCUCAAUUAAAAUUUUGUGGACCAAAAUUUAUUGAUCAUUUCUUCUGUGAUUUUGCGCCACUUGUGAAUCUCUCUUGUUCAGACACCUUUGUAGUAAAAACAGAAACUUUUGUUAUGUGCUCGUUGAUGAUAAUAUUUUCAUUUGGUUUUGUCAUUGGCACAUAUGUGUGUAUCAUAAACACAAUCCUCAAGGUCCACUCAUCUACUGGAAGAUAUAAAACCUUUUCAACUUGUAUUUCCCAUUUAGCUUCUGUGUGUACUUAUUAUGGGACUUUAACUGCUCUUUAUGGCUUUCCUGUUCAAAAUCUUUCUUCAUUUAAUAAGGUUUUAUCUCUUAUUUACACUGUGGUCACUCCUUUGUUUAACCCCAUCAUAUACAGCCUGAGGAAUCAUGAGAUCAACGCAAGGAUACGAAACAUUGCCAUGGCUAAAGCUAAUUUUUAA